AUAGAAUGGCCAGUCUCCGCUCCCCUGUACCGUCCUCCUGUGACUGCUUUGUCUCACUUCCCCCAGCCUCUUCUGCCAGAGAGGUCAUUUUUGGCAAGAAUUCAGAUCGGCCAAAAGAUGAAGUUCAGGAGGUUGUCUAUUUUCCAGCCAGAUUUCAUGCCAAAGGGACAAAGGUUCAGUGUACAUAUAUUGAAGUGGAUCAGGUAGAAAAGACCCAUGCAGUGAUCCUGAGUCGGCCUGCCUGGCUGUGGGGAGCUGAAAUGGGUGCCAAUGAACAUGGUGUCUGCAUUGGCAACGAAGGCGUGUGGAGUCGAGAGCCGGUUGGGGAGGAGGAAGCCUUGCUGGGCAUGGAUCUGGUCAGACUGGGUCUGGAGAGGGGCAGCAGUGCUGGUGAAGCAGUCCGAGUCAUAACCUCCCUUCUGGAAAGUUAUGGUCAAGGGGGCAGCUGCAAGGAGGCGCCAACUCCUUUUGUCUACCAUAACACCUUCCUCCUGGUGGACCGUACUGAAGCCUGGGUGUUGGAAACAGCCGGGCGGUUUUGGGUAGCUCAGAGAACCCAAGAAGGUGCCCGGAAUAUUUCCAACCAGCUAACUAUUGGUACUGACAUUACCAGUGAACAUGUGGGUCUAAGACAACAUGCUCAAAAGCAAGGAUGGUGGAACGGUCAAGGAGAGUUCAAUUUCACAGAAGUGUUUUCGCUCAUCCAUCAGCCCAUCCGCAUGGAGGCAGCCAAAGCUCGGUAUUGUGCUGGCCAGCAGCUGCUACACCAACACUCAGGCCAGAUUACUGCUGAGACAAUUAUGACCAUCUUAAGGGACAAAGCCAGUGGGAUCUGUGUUGAUUCUGAAGGUUUCUGCACCACAGGAAGUAUGGUAUCCAUCCUCCCUCAAGAUCCCCUCCUACCUUGCAUCCAUUUUUUCACUGCUACCCCGGACCCUUCUAGGUCUAUCUUCAAACCGUUUAUCUUUGUUCCCAAUGUUACUUCCUUCCCUCAGGUGAAAUCACCAAGUUUUGGUGAAAAAGACCCCAUUAGGGACACUCCAAGAUUUCAAAGCCGAGUGGACCGUCGGCACGAUCUCUACAAGCAACAUCAGUUAGCCUUGGAAGUCAUGGAUUGUAAUCAGCUUGAAUGCCAGAGACUGCAGGAGGCUAUGAAGAAAUUUCAGCAGCAAGUUCUGGAGAGUGUGAAAAAUGUGUUGACAGGCUCUGUCACUGUGAAACCCCAGGAGUUGGCUGGCCUCUUUUGCAAUUCUGUGGAUGCAGAACUCAAACUGUAUAGAUGAUGGAGACUUAAUGGUCAGGUGGGUUGGGGCUUAAUCCUUGUGCUACUGACACACUGAAUCUUUCCCUUCUUAGGGUACAGCUACAUAAGGGUUCUAAGCCUGUUUAAAAGCAGAUCUUAAUCUCUGGGUCUUACAUCAGCAGUACUGAAUUUAUUUCUUUUCUCGGUUGCUGUAUAGAUGAAACUGGAGCAAAGCUAUGGUUUCUUUGUUUUGUGUUUUAUGAGCUUCUGUUUCUCUGCUGAAAGGAACAUUUGUUUUCCAAUGGCUCCCUGCCCUUGAGCUUUAGGCCCUCUAAGGGAAAUGUUAUUGAUUUGCACUUACCUGAUCAGUAGCCCAGAGGAAAAAUUAGCAAGGAUGAAACUGAUAGGCAUUUUGUCAUUUUCUAUCUUCUCUUUUGAGCAAAAUGCAAAUGUAUUUCCUCCCUCCCUCCAUCCUGCAAGAUGUCCUGCAAGAGCUAGAGGUGAGGCAUCAACUUCUGUUCCUAGUUCUCAGCAUUUCAAGUCAGCUGUUUACCCCUAACUCAAGAUAAUUCAUUCAUAAGCAACUUAAAAAGCACCAAUCCCAACACAGAUCCUUGAGGAACUCGACUGCCCAUUUUUUCCUACUCAUUCCUUUCUGUCUUUUUAGUUUGCAAUCCAUAAAAGGGCAGAUCCUCUUAUCCCUUGCCUGUUAAAUUGAUUCAGCCUUUCAUAAGUGCUACUGAAACUGUCAACUGUAGAAGGUUGGUGAAACAGGAUUUAUCUAUGUGGAAUCUGUGCAGAUUUUCCUUCAGCAAGAUUUUUUCCACUGUGUCAAAUUAUUUACUGCUUAAUUAUUUUUCUUUAAUUACCAUUUUGCCUGGAACAGAUAUGUGUCAGACUUAUAAUUUAUGGGAUCUCCCCUGGGUCCCUUUUAAAAAUUGGUGACACAUUUGGUUAUCUUCCAGUCCUCUGGCCCUGUGGUUAUUUGAGGAAAAAAUUACUUACUGCAUUUAUAUUUCUUGUGGGGUGGGGUGGGGGAAUGAAAACAAUAGUGGUAACGCCCUUAGAUUGUGAUUAUGUAUCAAGUUCUGGAAAUUACAGCCACUGGCAUGAUCACAGGA